AUGGCCGACCCUGGGAAUAGAUCUGAUGCACUAGAUGAAGUGGAGCUGUCAGUAAUUUCCGAAGAACAAGUGGUAACAGUGCCUACAGUGCCUGCCGCAGUUGCGAGGGGGCUAUCACCAGAACUUGACAUCAAUGCUUACGUAGAUAAGGAUCAGGUCGAGGGGAAAAUUCCUGCUGGUUUUGACCCAGAGGACGAGCAUGAGAAUAUUGAUGCUUCUACUCAACGAUCCCAACGUGAAAAGAUAGAGAAGAAUUUGGAUGAUAUUCUGCGUAAGGGUGAUUUCCAUGCGAUUGAUCAAAGAGUGACUCCAAAAACCCUGAAAUGGUGUAAAACUAACACCUUAAUCAAAUCUUUCCAGGUCAACAAAACACUGCGAGAUUUAGCGGAUGGUGCAAAUCCGGAGAAGUACGAUAUAAAAAAGCUUGAAAAAUCUAUUGACGAGUUCACAUCAGCCUUGAUAGAUCCCCUUAAAGCCGACGCCGAUACCAGAAAUACAUUUCAAAGUUGUUUUGAUGAUCUGGUGGACAAGGCAAUAGACACGAAGCAGAAGAAGUUCAUCUCUCACCCAGUGGUGUAUAACUUGCUCAACUCCAGAUGGUACCGCUCCUUUUUUCAAGUAAGAAAAGAAUCAUGGCGGACACCUCAACGCUGGGGAUACUUUUUUCUCAACCUCUGGACAGUGUUUGACAUCGUCUUUUUUCCCUUUCUCUUUGCCAUUUUCUUCGUCGUGCAUUUGAUAAAACAGGCCUUGAGGAGGAAAAGAGAAACUGAAAUAUGUUUUGUUUUGACGCCGGGCAAAGAUACCUCAGAAUUUAAUCUAAUUAAAAGGACGAUAAAGUACAUUGUUGGUGAAUAUGGCUGCCACUCUGCCAAAUACUGUGUUGUUUUACGUGGAGACCAUAAAAUUAUCAAUAUAGAGGGGUGGUCUACUGAAGCUGCACUUCGAACAUGGAUUGACGAGUUACAGCGGCCAAACUCUACCAGUUCACUCGAUAAAGAUCUUAAAGCCACCCAAAGUGCAUUCACAAACCAAACACAUAGGAAAGAAGCCAAAAAGGUGGUCGUGCUCUUUCUUAAUGACUCGUUGAGCAUGGUUAAGGCUAACAACGAGAGACUACAGUCCUUACUAAAGGAGAUAGAGGAUAUGCAAGUUAACAUCGUUCCCGUCGGUAUCGGGGAGUACGCCAAAUUGUCAGAGUUAAAUAAGAUGGCAACUAAAGAUGGCACAGCACGUCAUUUUGGAGAAUUCGAG